CCUCCCCCAUUUGGCUCUCUUCGCUCGUUUUGUACGCCAAAGAGGGGAAAGGGUAGGUUGGAAAGACGUCUUGUUUGACGACGGCGGCAGCGGCGAUGGAUCCGGACGCGGUGGCGAAGGCGUUCGUGGAGCACUACUACCGGACGUUUGACGGGAACCGGCCGGGGCUGGGGGGUCUGUACCAGGAUGCCUCCAUGCUGACCUUCGAGGGCGACAAGAUACAGGGCGCCGCGGCCAUCGUCGCCAAGCUGACCUCCCUCCCCUUCCAGCAGUGCGUCCACGCUGUCUCGACCGUCGAUUGCCAGCCGUCCGGCCCCGCCGGCGGCAUGCUCGUCUUCGUCAGCGGCUCCCUCCAGAUUUCCGGGGAAUCCCACGCCCUCAAGUUCAGCCAGAUGUUUCAUCUAAUGCCAACACCUCAGGGAAGCUUCUAUGUGCUGAACGACAUAUUCCGUCUGAACUAUGCCUGAAGAAUCAGUCUUUUUAGAGGGGAAGUCAAAGGUAUGAAUCGAUAGGCUUAUGCAAUGCUGUUGUGAUGGAUUUGGGUCUGUAGAAGGAUUGCCCUUUUCUCGUUAUUAAUUGUUUGGUUUCCCUUCUGGUUGGUUGGAUAGUAGAAAAGAUUUUGGAUCAUUUUAUGUAUUGGUAGACGAAUUUUGUGGCAAUUUAUAUGCGGUUUAGUCAUGAAUUUACUGGUUUUAUUUUGGUACCAA